AAAUUGGGAGAAAUGAAUUUGCACUUGCACAUUCCAGUUGUUUGCACACUUCAGAUUUGUUUCUGUGACUUUGUACAUCGAUAUACAAAUAAUGGCAACUUGAGUUACAGGGAUGUGCAGUGCACACUUUUUUGCUUUUGGUCAACAUGGGUGAUUUGAUUAUACAAAGGUCGUCAGUGUAGAUUCUGUCAGCACUUGCUGAUGAUGUCGAUGUUACUCCUCCCUCCCCUCCUACUCUUCUCCCUUCCUCCCAGCUUCGGGGGACUUGAGUACCUCUGUCUCCCUGGCAGCAUCAGUGCCUGAAGCAACCAAGGUGGUCGCUGCAGAAAGCCCCACCGUGGCUGCUGAAGUUGCCAAACUGGGACUGGGGUCAGGUGGAGCACAGAAAACAGCUGCUUUGGAAAGCAAGAGCAAUGAGGAGAUGGGAAGUCUGCAAGUUCCUACUGCAAAUCCUGAUGGCAAGUUGAAUGGAGAAGUUUUGUCUGCUGUCACUGUGCAGGAAGAAAUGCAUGUAGAUGCUGAUGGCACUAAAGAGGCCAUUGAAGCUGAGAUUGAAGUUACCAUGCAAGACCCAGUGAACAACACAGAAGAAAAAGCAUCCCAAGGCCCAGUGCAAAUCCCAGAAAAACGAGCAUCCCAAGACCCAGUGGAUACUACAGAAGAUGUUGUUACCCAACAGCCAUUGACUAAGACAGAAGAACAAGAACCAGAGGCUAUGACAGAAGGUCAAAUUAUCCAAGAAGCAAUUGCAGUCACAGAAGAACAAGCUAUGCAAGAAGUGAUCCCAGUUGUGAAUCUGGAUCCUGCCAUAGACAAAACUGCUAUUCAACAGCCAAACUUGCCCACAGAAGAACGGACUGUUCAGGAACUCCCUUCUGCUGAAGAGCCAGGUAUCCAAGGGCCAGUGACAACUUCAAAAGAUGCAACCUUUCAGGAACCAGUAGCUGCAGUUGAAGAACCCAUAACUGUUGCUGAAGAAUCUACUCCUCAAGAAUGUGUGGCUUCAUUACAAGAAUCUCUCAGUCAAUUUGUUGCUGUGGAAGAAACCGCCAUUCAAGAAUCCAUAGUCAUCUCUGAAGAAACCGAUGUUGAGGAAUCUGUAGUUACUGGUGAUGAAUCCUCUGUUCAAGAAUCCGUAGAUAUCACUGAAGAAGUUGCCAUUCAAGAAUCCAUAGUUGCUGGUGAAGAAUCUGUUGUUCAGGAAUCUGUAGUUGCCCACAAAGAACCUUCAGGUCAAGACUUGGUGCUCAAUGAAGAACCCACUACUCAGGUAUCACAGAUUGCUGCUGAGGAAUUAACCACCCCCAGCUCACUUGCAGGUGAUUCUGUGGACAGUGCAGUGAUAUCUGAGAGCAUUAAUGCAGUGCAAGCUGCAGAACCUGGAGCAUCUGCUGCUGAGAGUAAUGAUCUAAUUGUUGGGGACCUGACACCAGCUAUGGAACUUGCUCCAAUGCAAUGCGUUGAACCCAGUCCACAAAUCACUAGUUCAAAGAUUAUGGCUACAGAAGUUGAUUUGGUGUCUGGUGACAUAAGUAUUGAUGUGGCUACCCAAAAUGAAGUCGCCACACAGAGUGAAGAACCCACUGCCAUCUUGCCUAAUGAAGUGCAGACUGAGGUGGCCUCUAGUCGUGCAGGCCUGUCCCUUGCAGCCCAGAAGCCUUCAGCUUCAGCUCCUCCUAUGGCGGAUGCUGCAGAGAUGCCAGCUGCUCCUCCCUCUGCCUCCAAGAUCCUUUCCUCCACUCCUCCACACUCUGCAGCUGCUAGCACUCCUGUGCCUAAAGCUAAAGAACCUAAAAGCAAGCCCAAGCAGCUGUCCUCUCCACCUCUCUCCUCAACCUCCAGCCCUGUGCCUGUUGCCACACAGCGCCCAUCUUCAUCUGCUUGUGCCUCCUCCCCCUCCUCUCCAAAAUCAUACAACUCCCUCCCCCGCUCUCCCUCCUCUCCCAAAUCCUACACCUCCCUUCCUCGCUCCACUCCUCCCUGCUCUCCCCUAGCUUCCCCCUUAACCUCUCCUUUAGCUUCUCCCCAGGUUGUCUUUUGUGCUUCUAGUCAGGGGGACAGGUCUAGCCUUCAGCCUACAGUGGUCAAAGCCGGAGAGCGAAAGAAAGCAAAAAAGGGUCUCAAAGCUCAACUAACCACUCCAGCUGAGGCAGAGAUUCUGCCUUCAGCUCCAAGUGCUGACACCCCUGUUCCAACCCAAAUCCCUGUUGUGCCCACCCCUCCACCACAAGUGGCUGAACAAACUCAACUCAAACUGGUUACCACUGUUCCUACACCUGCCAAAGAAGCUAUCCCUGCCCUGGUGGAGGUCCCGCCUGUGGCUGCUAUCCUGGUGGAGACUUCCCAAGCUGUAGCUAUCACCGACUUGGCUCCCAUAUGUCUCCCCACCCUGGGUGAGGAAAAACCAGCUGAAGCUGAAUCCCUUGCACCAGAAAUGUCUACAUCUUCUGAAGCUGAUUCCAUCACACAAGUGAUCAUAGCUGAGGCAGAAGUCCCUGCACCACAAUCACCAGACACUCUGAAGGGACCUGUCACCCUCACUGAGCAUGUUCUGGAGCAUGCUAAUACCCCUGCUGUAGAGAAAAUGGUUUCCCCUGCUGGCCUCCCCUGUAAACCUGAUCUGCCCCAGUCUCCCAAGACCCCUGCUUCCCCAGUUUCCUUCACGGUCUCCUCCCUGCCUGCUGCUCCUUCUCUCCUGUCUUUUGCUGCCGCUGUAGCUCAUGAUCUCCCUGAAACCCCCAAAGCGGAGCAAAAGUUGGUGGCGCCCAAAGAAAACUCUCCAUGUUCCAUCUCUCCACCAACUGCUCCCCCUUUUCCCACACCAGCCCCUUCUACUGCUCCACCUCCAAAAGUGGCACCUCCAGUUGCUGGCCUGUCUCCAGCCCUAGAGGAGGAAGACGACUUGCCCCCUCUCAUACCUCCCGAGGAGUCAGUCAUGUUGGUGGAGACUCCACCAAAAAAUACCCCAGCUGCUGCUCCCCCAGCAGCACCUGCCUCCACCCCCAAAGCUGCCCCACCAGCAGCACCCAUCUCCACCCCCAAACCCACUCCGCCUCCAACCCCUGCUGCUGCACCCCCAGCAGCACCUCUCUCCACCCCCCAAUCCACUCCAGUCCCUGCAAAGCCGGAGUCUGUGAUCAAGAACGACAAGGGUUCUGGCACGGAGUCAGACAGCGAUGACUCGGUACCAGAGCUGGAGGAGCAGGACUCUGCACAAGCACAGACACAGCAGGCACAGCUUGCAGCGGCUGCCGAAAUCGACGAGGAACCAGUCAGCAAAGCUAAACAAAGCCGGAGUGAGAAGAAGGCUCGAAAGGCAAUGUCCAAACUGGGUCUUCGCCAGGUGACAGGAGUCACUAGGGUCACUAUCCGGAAGUCCAAAAACAUCCUGUUUGUCAUCACCAAACCAGAUGUCUACAAAAGCCCUGCCUCAGACACAUACAUUGUGUUUGGAGAAGCCAAGAUAGAGGAUCUCUCACAGCAAGCCCAGCUGGCAGCAGCAGAGAAGUUCAAGGUCCAAGGAGAAGCUGUGUCUAAUAUCCAAGAGAACACACAGACGCCCACUGUGCAGGAGGAGAGCGAAGAGGAGGAGGUUGACGAGACUGGGGUAGAAGUGAAGGACAUUGAGCUGGUGAUGUCACAAGCCAACGUGUCACGGGCAAAGGCUGUACGCGCACUCAAGAACAACAACAAUGACAUCGUCAACGCCAUUAUGGAAUUGACAAUGUAAAUGAGUGAAGAACAACAGAGAUGGCAUAAUCUGGGGUCUUGCUGUUGAAUAUGCACAUGUUUGUACCAUUUAUACCCAGGAGAUUAAUAAAAUUAUGCAUUGAUGAUAUGGAAAAAUCUUAUCCUUUUGUUUACUUACAGGGUUGUGUUUUUAGAUUGGGCCCAUGACUAUUUAUUCUCAAUAAAGUUUUUCCACCCCAUGUUAA